AUGUCAGGAUGUGGAUACUCUCCAAUGUUAGUAGGAAUCCAGUACCAAUCCCAAAAAGCAAUCUCAUUAUUUGACAAAAACCAGCCAACAUGCCAGCCAACUGGAACAAAAAGCAAGUGGGUGGUAGAUCUUUUAACAGAAGAUUUCUUAAUAAUAGAUCAUGAAACAGGAUCUGGUUCUAGCACUCAAGCUUAUAGAAAAGAAAAAAAGAAACCAUUUUUGACAAUAGAUGAGUUAAUAAAAUGGUUAACAAAACCAGAAAUUAAAAAUAAUAAAAAGAUCAGAUCGAAACUAAUAUCUAAAACUGAUGAAAAAGGAUUUAAUUUAAUGGAAAAAUCUGAUAAUAAGAAUAAUGAAUCUAGUGAUUCAGAAUAUGAUACAGCUGAUGAAGAUUCCAACAUUUAUUUUGAAAAAAUUGAGGAUCCAUACAUUAAUAAAAUAGCAGAAGCCGGAAAAUUUAAUAAAAGUGAGGUAUAUGAUUACUAUGUAUUCAUGCCAAAAGGAUUUGCAAAAAACGAACCACUAGGUUUCUUUGAAUCAAUUGAAGAAAAGAUUGCUAAUAUUUACAAAAGAGAGUUAGUGGAUUAA